AUGGAAUACAUUCAAACUUCGCGGGGAAAUCGCAAACUGCUUUUCGAAGGUUAUGUCUAUGUUUUGGAUAAGAAAAAAGAAGAAUCAGCUUACUGGAGGUGCGAGAAACAUAAAGAAUGCUCUUGCAGACUAUCAACUCUAGCGGACACAUUAUGGCAUCAACCAUCAAAACAUUCUCAUCUACCUGAUCCAGCUCGCGUUGCUGUUCAACGAGCGGUGUCAGCUAUGAAAUAUCGUGCUGAGAACUCUGAAGACUCCACCAGAAAUAUUAUUCAGAACUGCACCCAAGAUUUUCCGCUUGCCGCUGCUGGAAGUCUUCCUCAAAAAGAAACGCUGGCAAGAAUGAUCAGAAGAAAACGAAAAGCCCCAGACGGUGAUGAUAUCCCUGAUGACAUGUGCCAAACUACAUGUGGGGAACAGUUCCUGGUGUUUCAUGAUGAAAACCUAGAUCUCUACGUUUUCGCAACCAGAUCGUCGACACAAUCUCUCUCCACUGACAGUGAUGAUUGA